AUGACUACUGCUGCUACUGCUAGUGAUUCUGCUACGCUGCCAACAACCAAAUCAUCUUUGGAUACUUUUGGUACAGCUCAACAAAUUCUUAAUGCUUUAAGAAUAUUUAAUCAAUAUGAAGAGCAUCAUAUCUAUAAUAUAUUUUUAUCUACGGAUUCUACUAAGGAAGAACUUGAUAAUUUAAAACUUUUACUUUAUCCAUAUCAAGUGUAUACCUAUGAACCAAAUGAAUUAGAAUGGAUGUUAUAUGGUCCUGGUGGUGUAGCAAUUAUUGAUCAAUGGAUAUGUGCACAUGCAAGAUAUUUCAUUGGUACAAGUUUAUCAACGUUUACAUUUCGUAUUGUUGAAGAAAGAACAAUAAUGGGAUUUUCAGCGAACACCACAUUGAAUUGUUUAUGCUCAAAUGGUAUUUUACAAUUGUAUAGAUCGAAUCAAGUAAUGCAUGAAGAGUUGUCAGCUACUUCUUCCUCCCUCUCCCCCUCCUCAUCCGCUUCCUCCUCUUCGUCUUCGUUUUCUAAUUGUGAAGGCUUAACAGAAUGGCCAGUUAUCUACGAGAAAGAGUAUACUGUGUCAUCGACACAAUCUCCAGCAUCAACCGAGGAUGAAAUGCAUUUAUUAUAUAAUAAUAAGAGGAGGAAUAAAGAAGAAUUGUGA